AUGCCUCACAAAAUUGAGGAAAUCAAGGACUUUCUACUCACAGCCAGGCGAAAGGAUGCCAAAUCUGUCAAGAUCAAGAAAAAUAAAGAUAAUGUGGAAUUUAAAGUUCGAUGCGGCAGAUACCUUUAUAUCUUGGUUAUCACAGACAAAGAGAAGGCUGAGAAACUGAAGCAGUCCCUGCCCCUAGGUUUGGCAGUUGAGGACAUGAAAUGA